UGUAUUCAAUUCACCUGUCAGUUGAAAUUUCCCUUUAGGUCAGUGUUGUUCUAUGUUAGUGAAACUUGUUUGCAAACGCGAACAAGUAUUAUGUUUUAGUUGUUCCUAUCGUCUAUGAAUUAAGUUAUUAAAUGUUACCAGUUUGUCCAAAUAAUCCAAUCGAAUCAACAUAUCGAAAAGAGCCUGACUGUAAUAAAUAAUUUGGAUCAUAUAUUAGGUAUUUAAAAAAGUCCAAAGUAUUAUCCAAAGAGAAGGAAGGUUUUAUCGCGAUAAUAUCGAAAAUUGUACAGUACAAAUAUGAAUGAUUUAUUCUCAAUCUACACUAUUGAAUUUUGAGGAGUAAAAGCUUCCUGCAAAGAGUCAAUUACAUAUAAUGGAUGUUCUAUUCUGAAUUGUUCUGGUAGUUUGAACAUGACAACUAUAGAAGGAAUUAAAAUCGAGACACCAAAUCAAAAUAAGAUACUAUUAGAAGAAACCUUUUAUGUCCUUACCAAAAAGAAUUGUGUGUUUCGUGUAAGGUUAUUGAAAAAAGGUUUAUCCUUGGUAAAAGAAAAUGAAAGCCAUUUGAAGGAGCAACUAAUCCCAAUAAAUGAUAUAAUUGGAUGCAGAUGUUUGAGGAGCAAGAAACCAGAACGUAGCUGUUCAUGUCAAUCAUUACCGAGGUCUACCAGCCUCAAAGUUGUUGAAGAAAACUCUGUAGAAUUAGAUGAUUCUGAUGCAAGCGCCUAUUUGUAUAUUUAUGCUUAUUUGUUACAAAAAGCUAAAGGAACCCCUAACAGAAGAGAGCGUACUAUUAUAACCCUUAGAUUCAGGUCCUUUGACAAAUUUGAAGACAAUCACAGGGAAGCGCAAAGAUGGAGGACUGCAAUAAAAAAGUUGAUCAAUGGAGAUCAUGUUUCUUAUUCCCAAAUAAUAGAUUUUUCUCUCAGCCAUAAAUUCAAGGAGAACAAGAGACUUCUGGUAUUAUGCAACCCUAAAAGUGGGGCUGGCAGGGGUAAAUCUAUAUUCCAACAGAAGAUUGCGCCAAUUCUACAAGAAGCAGAAAUUCCGUAUGAUUUGCAUAUUACCAAAUAUGCAAAUUUUGCUAGAGAAUUUGUGAGGACAUCAAAUUUGUAUCAGUGGUCUGGAAUCAUAGUGGUUGGCGGAGACGGCGUCGUCUUCGAGGUGAUAAACGGCCUCUUCGAGAGAUGGGACUGGUCGGAGAACGUGAAGGCCAUUCCGGUGGGCGUCGUCCCCGGAGGUUCUGGCAACGGGCUGGCCCGCAGCAUCGCCUACCAGAGCGGCGAGCCCUACAUACCCUCCACCCUGCCUUCUGCGCUGGCCGCCAUCAAGUGCAAGGUGGUCCCCAUGGACCUGGUGAGGGUGGAGACCACCUCCCAGAUCCUGUUCUCCUUUCUGUCGGUAGGAUGGGGUUUCAUCUCAGACGUGGACAUAGAGAGCGAGAGGCUGAGGAUACUGGGCGGACAGAGGUUCAACAUUUGGUCUGUGGCAAGACUGAUCGGCCUGAGGAGUUACAGGGGAAAAAUAUGGUACCUACCCGCAAAUACUCCAAUGAACAUUCCUAAAGACGUAGAACUCUCUCCUAUAAACAUAGGCAGUAGUCCUGACAUAUCUACAUCCACAGAUCAUCAUGCUACAAGGCAAAGGUUGGAUUCUUGGUACAGCGCCAACUCCAGACGUACUGCCUAUUUUUCGGCAAAUGAAAGCACCUUCCAAUCGACUGCUGAUCAUGAAACUGGCGAUUCAACUUCCAAAGAAAAACCUAGGAUGUAUGGUCCAGCUUCGCAGCUUCCAUGCCUAACUGUGGCCCUGGAAUCCCCAUGGGUCUGCGUUGAAGGAAAAUAUUUGAUGGUUCACGCCUCCUAUCAGAGCCACUUGAGCGAAGACUGUCUCUUUGUACCUGAUGCAAAACUAAAUGACGGCUUAAUUUGGUUGCUCAUAAUCCACGCUGGAACCAAAAGGUCUCAACUGCUACAGUUCCUCCUCGGACUGAGCACAGGCGCCCAUCUGAACUUCAUCUCGAAGCACAGCAAGAUCCAACUGCUUCCCGUCAAGGCUUUCAGGCUAGAACCGGAUCCCAGCGAACAAGGAUACAUAACAGUCGAUGGGGAACUGGUAGAGUACGGUCCGAUACAGGCAGAAAUAUUCCCCGAACUGGGAAGGGUGAUGGUUCCUUGACUGAAACAUACUAAAAUUCGAGGUCGAUGGAAAGACACAGGUUGUGAUAUAAUUUCGUUCAGAAUUGUUCGUUGCAGCAGCAUUUGAGAUCUUACGAGGUAAUAUCGAGGUUUCAGAUCGGUCGAACUUUCUGAUUGCGAAGCUUUCAAAGCGUAUAUUGUUACAAAUAAAAAGGGGAAGAUGAAUACAACAUAUCGCACAAGUAAGAAUGUCUUCCUCUUCAGGUUAACCUGCGUCAGUAGUUGCACCUUCUCGGUUGGUUGGGCUUAGUUUCAAUUAAUUGUAUUUUGCUUUCGUUUACAGCUGCAAACGACUGUUCUUAAAUGCAGGUCGGAGUUUAAUUGGUUCCUGAUCGUUCUAUUUUCAGUUAGCUUACAUUCCAUUCAUCACUGUUACCAUUUAUUUUUCUACUCUUUUUUCGUUAUUUAGGAGAUACGUAGAAGUGCAAUAUUAGAACCAAAUAAACGACAACAUUCCAGUGAUCAUCACGUAAGAUGCUUAGAUAGUGAGAGAGUAAUUUAGAAUUAAUUUUUAGGAAAUAUACACAAAGGAAGGGGUGUAAGUUGAUUAUACGUAAAUUCAUUUGCAUUGUGAUCAUUUUAUUAUAGUUUUUUUUUAUACAGUCGUGUCAAAUAUAUUAUUAUAACAUUUUUUUAUGGACUAUGUCUGGAAAAUGUAGACUAAAUAACAUCACUGGUAGUAGCAUGUCAUCGAUUUCCUCAGAUGAUUUUCUCAAAUGGAAUUGCGUACAUUCGACAACAAAGUUGUCAUCAUCAAAAACUACAGUUUCGUAGCUAAAUUACAAAAAGUGCUACUCUUACCAAUAAUUUCAAUCUACCCCUGCUGUUCGCUACAACUUUUAUACUUAUUGCUCAAACAUUUCGUAAUAAAAAUAUUUCCGGUCACACAGGGUGUUUUUCCUGUGUGAGUAAGAACUUUUCAAUGGUUAACCUAUGUUUUUUUUUUACUUUUUUGGUAUUUAAAUGAAAAAUAAAAGAAACUUCGUACUAACCCUCACUUCAAAAAUAAAUACCUUGUAUUUAUAAUAUCGAUUCAUAAGAUGCUCAAACGAAGCUCUAGAAAUUUACCCUGAACAAGUUUUUACGAAAAAUACCUACUUGAGGAUAACUACACAAAUUUUACUGACCUUAUCAGAAAAAGAUAUAUUUUCUCCAAACUCACAAGUCGAAAAUUCAAUUUCAAAACUGGUUUGUUGAAAUUGUAGGGAAGAAAUAUGAACAUUUACCAUUUUUCGAGAGAAGAGCUGUUAUAAGAAAAAUCGGUGGAUUUCACUAUAUGAAAUUUGUAGAAACUUUGUUUGGGCAUAUGAAUUGACAAUUUACAGAGUGUUCAAUUUGAAAUAGGAAAGUAUCUACAAAUUUUCAAGUACAAAAUUUAGCUAGCUGGAUAUACUGUUCGAGAGAGUAACACAUUCAUAAUUUUUGACAAAAAAUGACAGCUCAACCUCAUGUCGUUAUUGAAAAAACUUGAAAUUGAUGCUAUGCUACUCCACUCCGUGAAUCCAAUGAUUAUUGGAUGGAUAGUUUGUUUAUUACCUUACUAAUACUCUGAACAGGCUUGUGGUAAAGAGAUGUAACUUUAAAAUAGUUUUUAACUGCAUAUUUGCAAAGUUCCUUGGAAUUUUUCAUCCAAUUAAAAAUUAUAUUUCAUCAUGACAUUUAACAGAGAUUAAAAGAGCUAUUCUAACUCUUGUUUUUUGUUUGUUUCUGAAGAUUCUUUGAUAAUAUGCUUUCUACUUCCAUAUAGGGCCUUCCUAAUUUCAAUUUUUAGUUUCCUCUUCAGUUCCUAUUUGUUGUUAUUCCUAUAUUACCUUGCCAAAUUAGCCUCUUCGCUCAUUUUAAUAAUUUGUUUCAAACAUUUCUUUUAUAUUUUUCGGGUAGAAAAAUUUUUGAUUGGCUCUCUGGAUAAAAUUGGAACUUUCAGUUGCUCAAUUUAAGUAUUAAAAGAAAAGUAAACAUGUCAGUACUCGUAUAUGAAAGAAAUGGGAACAUUAAAAUUGUAAUGUAAUGGAAAUUUUGAAUUUACAUAGCAGUAUUGAUAAGAUUGAUGUGGUUUCUUCAAAUGAAUUGCUUCCUUUUUAUCAAACAGUUUAGUAAGUUUUUUAUAUAGAUAUUGUAUUUUUUGCAAUUGUUAAUUCUGCCUUCUACCAGGUAGAAAGUUAUUAAAUCAAUUUUGCUUAUUGCAAAUAAAUAUCACAAUAAACUGUUAAACAAACAUUGUUGAAAUUUUAAAUAUAUAUCAUGUAGAUCCAAAACUUGGAAAAAAAUCUAUUUAUUUAUUUUCGUUGAACUGUUAUAGAAAUUGUGAACUGUUGAUAUUUUCAAAAUUAAAUUUUUUUUGUUUUGUAACUUUCGAAGUUGUAGAUGUUACUUCAAAUUUUGAAGUUUGAGACGUUAUUAAAUAUUUCUGACUAGUAAAAAUUGAAAUAAUUCCAAGGUUAUUUCAUCUUAUGGAUGAAAAAACUGAUUGAAAUCAUUUGAAUCCUCAAUUAAUUUGCAUGUUGUGGACUACAUUGCUCAACAAAAAAUGGAAGUUCUUCCUGAAACAUAUGUAGCUUAUUCUCAGAAUAUACUUGCAUCAAGCUAGGCACCAAGUUACUUGUGAUAAAACUGAAAUUUAAUUUGUAUCAUGCCUUGUACUGAUUAUAGCAAGUUAGAAUGUUAAUCGACAUGCUCUUGUAUUUUUUCGAUAAAGCUUAUGUAAUAAUUUCAAUUCUUUUUGAAUUGCCAGAGACGAAUGUAAGAUUUCAUUAUAAGUGCGAGGAUGUGAUGAAUGCACCUUUCAAUCAUUAAAAAUUUAAAAUUUUA